CUCCUCCUUCAUAAGAAGGCGCUCUCUCCCAUCAGAAUCUCUCAGUUCUCACAAACUCUUCUUCACCAAGAGAGAUCCAAAGAUCAAGAAGAAUCUGUAAAAAGUUCAAUAAUGGCGACGAGAACCAACAUGCCUGAACAAGCCAGAGGUGUUAACAAGAACGGCGCCGUGAAGAAUCGCCGCCCGCUCGGUGACAUCGGAAACAACCUUGUUUCCGUUCCCGUGGCUCAAGGAGGGAAGCCUCAGCCUCCGAUCAACCGUCCCAUCACCCGAAGCUUCCGCGCUCAGCUCCUAGCCAACGCCCAGAAGCCACAGCCUCUUGCUCCAAGAAACAACAACCAAGAAGCUCAAAAGGCGGUUCCCAAGAAGAACCUAGUGAUCAAGCUCAAGCCGCAACAGACCAAACACGUUGAAGUAGCUGAGCCACCAAAGAAGGUGGAGAAGAAACCAGCCGCUAAGGUGACCUACUCGUCAGUUCUCAGCGCUAGGAGCAAAGCUGCGUGUUCUAUAACCGCCAAGCCGAAGAUUCUCGAUAUUGACGAGUCUGACAAGGACAACCACUUGGCUGCUGUUGAGUACGUUGAUGAUAUGUACGCGUUUUACAAAGAAGUGGAGAAGGAGAGUCAGCCGAAGAUGUAUAUGCACAUUCAGACCGAUGUGAAUGAGAAGAUGAGAGCUAUCUUGGUUGAUUGGUUGUUAGAAGUUCACAUCAAGUUUGAACUUAACUUGGAGACUCUUUACCUCACUGUCAAUAUUAUUGAUCGGUUCCUCUCUGUGAAAGCUGUCCCCAAAAGAGAGUUGCAGCUACUGGGAAUCAGUGCCUUGCUUAUCGCUUCCAAAUACGAAGAGAUCUGGCCUCCUCAGGUGAAUGAUUUGGUGUAUGUGACGGACAAUGCUUACAACAACAAGCAGAUUCUAGUGAUGGAGAAGACCAUCCUUGGGAACCUCGAAUGGUACUUGACUGUUCCGACUCAGUACGUGUUCCUUGUCCGCUUUAUCAAAGCUUCGAUGUCUGACCCUGAGAUGGAGAAUAUGGUUCACUUUCUUGCUGAGCUGGGGAUGAUGCACUAUGACACGUUGAAGUUCUGUCCCUCCAUGCUUGCUGCUUCAGCGGUCUACACAGCGAGAUGCGCACUGAAGAAGUCACCAGCUUGGACCGAGACGUUGACGUUCCACACAGGAUAUUCAGAAUCUGAGAUUAUGGAAUGCUCAAAGCUUCUAGCUUUACAUCAUUCAAGAUGCGGAGAGAGCAGGCUACGUGCUGUGUACAAGAAGUACUCUAAAGUGGAGAACGGUGGUGUUGCUUUGGUCUCACCAGCCAAGUCUCUCUUGAGCGCUGCUCCUCUUUCUGCUUAAGUGGGGGAGAGAAAGAGUCGUUCGUCAGUCUCUCUCUGAUUCAAUUCGAAGAUUUGCUUUAAAAACCUCUUUGUUGUUGUUAUGAGUUCAAAAAGUAAUAAUGAAUUCUUUUAUGAGUGAGUGACGGUUGUUUGUACUCUCGUCCUAGAGAAACAAACAUGUCUGUAUUGGUUUCUUCUUUUCUAUAACUAAUAGAUAAAAAAAGCUUUCUGAUGUUUGA